AUGCAGGACGAGGAAAUUCAAGAAGCAACUGCCUCAGAACCAUUAUCCAUCGAAGAGGAAUACGCUAUGCAGCGUAGCUGGCGGCAAGACGCGGAUAAAUUAACAUUCAUCGUCUGCCGCCCAGUCACUUCAUCCGAAGAAAAGUCUACUCAACUCUCCGCCGAGAGUGACUGCUCACAAAACAUGGUCGGAGACAUCAACCUAUUCCUUCGCAUCGACGACGGCGAGGAAGGAGACGCACCGCCCAAAAUCGUCGGAGAAAUCGAGCUCAUGAUCGCCGAGAAAGCGAAUCAAGGGCGCGGCUUUGGAAAAGCAGCAUUGCUUACUUUCUUGCGAUAUAUCGUCGAGAGAGAAACUGCCAUCAUUGAGGAGUUUGUGAAUGCCGACGUCCAGGCGGAGACAGCGGAGAAGUUGAGGGCUGCGAAGGCGAGUCUUGGGUUCUCUUGUUUGAGUGUUAAGAUUGGACAGGCGAAUUCUCGUAGUUUGGCACUUUUUGAGAGCCUUGGGUUCGAGAAGGUUUCGGUUGAGCCGAAUUUCUUUGGAGAGUUUGAGUUGAGGAGGAUGGAGUUGGAUAUUGGGUAUAUUAAUGAGGCGCUUGCUGUGGCUGGUGUGAAUGAUUAUCAGGAGAUAGCUUAUACUCGUAAAGAAUAG